GCAGCCCGGAAGUGUGCGUGUUGUGUUUUGAACGAGCAGCGGAAGUGGAGACGUCUCGACAGCAGCUGGUGGGGACUCGAUCGUUUCCGGGGACAUGUCUCCCUUUAAAGACCACGUGGACAAACUGACCCGCGUCUACGAGCGGUACACCGAGUACGUGAGGAGGAACCCGGAAGCCACGGCCCAGCUGGAGUCCACCGUGAGGACCAUGUCCUACCUCAUAGCAGGGCGAUUUGCUGAUUCCCAUGAAAUAUCUGAACUAGUUUACUCUGCCUCCAACCUCCUGGUUCUGUUCAACGACAGCAUCCUGCGCAAAGAGCUGAGAUGUUCUCUCCCUGCGACCCUGUCUCAGCAGCGGCUCCAGACCUGGCUCUCCGUGCUGGAGUACGUGGAGGUCUUCCUGGAGAUGGGGGCCGGCAAGCUGUGGGGGGGGCUCGGCCGCUGGCUGGUGAUCUCACUCAUUCAGAUUUUUAAGACCAUCUUCCGCUUCGUUCUUCUUCUGUGGUACAAGACCGGGAUCCAGACUUCCCCCCCCAUGAUCCCCCUGGACAGAGGGGCGGACCCCGGCAGUGAAGACGGUGACGGCGAGCUGGAAGAUGGAACCUGCUUCGUGGGUCAGAGGUCAGGACGGGUCAUCAGGCCGCUGGGCACCGGUCCGGCCCUGCAGGCCCGGCUGUGGGGAGCAGCGAGUCAGAAGAAGAGCAGCUCCAAGGAGAAGCUCCACAGCAAACCCACCAAGCUCCGCCUCCAGGAGAGCGUCGCCGAGGCCGUGUACAUCGGGCGCCCGCUCGUCCACCUGCUCUGCCUCGGACUCUGUGGGAAACAGUCCUGGAAACCGUGGAUCGUCUCCGGCGUCCUGGAACUCUCCAGCUUCGCCGUCCUGAACGAAAGCAGAUUUGAGAAUCGCUGGGAGCGAGCGGAGAUGAGGAGGAGAACCUUCCUCCUGCUCUACUACCUCCUGCGCUCACCUUUCUAUGACAGGUUCUCAGAAGAAAAGAUUCUCUUCCUGCUCCGAGUCCUCGCGGAUCACGUCCCGGGAAUCGGGCUUAUUGCACGCCCUCUGAUGGAUUAUCUCCCCACCUGGCAGAAGAUCUACUUCUACAACUGGGGAUAGAGCCGGAGUGGAUUUAGGAUCUUGUGAUUUGAUCGGAGAUGAAGGACGUUG